AACCAGCAGGAGAAGAAAUCACGUCGGGAGAAGAGGAGCGGUGGCGAUGCAAAGCUCUCAUUAGCGAGCCUUAGGAGCUGGUGAUACGACAGCCAACGAUCCAGCGCGGGGUCUCCGGACACGGACGUGAAGUACGGCUUUGCUGCAGCUAGAGGGCUUCGCUGCUGCUGCACAGCCCCGCGCCGUGCCUGGUGCGCUGCCGCACACCCCGGCACCGGCUGGGGCUCCGCCGCGCCGCUCCCCACCGUUCCCGCCAGCCCACGGCCGGGCCCGCCGCAGGGCCGCCGGACGCCCACCCGGGCGACAGGCCGCGGCGUCCCCGCCACCGAGCCGCUGCCGGCCCGCGGUCAUGCCCGCCGCCGCCGCUCCACUUCUGCCGCCGCCGCUCCAACUUGGCGGGUGAGCCCUUCCUCGACACGCAGGAUCGCUUCCCCCCCCACACCGCCAGCAGCAUGGAGAGCGUGCGUGAGCUCCAAAACCCGCUCUUGGCCAAGGCCAACGGGCACCUUCGCAGCAGCUAUUCUUACCACCAGCAUCACAGCCAGGACUACCCCAGUCAUCGCUGCCAAGGGAAACUGUAUUCCUACAUCUUCCAAAACACUGGUGGUGCCAGGACUCACCAGCUGCUGGAUGCCAGUUCCCUGCAGCUGGCCGUUGAAGCCUUGUACGGCCCCAAUUUCAUCCUCGUGAAGGAUGAGACCUCUCUCAAGGCCAAGGACAGCAAGACAGAAAGCUGCGAGACCACUUUUACGGAAAGCAAAGAGGCUCCAUCCGAAGGUCCUGAUGGGCACGAGGCACAAGGGUCUUGUCUGGUAGAGAGUGACAUCCGCAUCCAAACUGUGUCCUACGAGGUGGAGGAAGAGGAGCUCCAGGAGUACGAGAGCGACUCCUCCAGCGACAGCGAAAGUGAGGAUCAUUUCCUGAUGCUUCCUCCCCGGGACCACCUGGGCUUGGCCCUUUUCUCCAUGCUGUGCUGCUUCUGGCCGCUGGGGAUUGCUGCCUUCUACUUCUCCCAAGGGACCAGCAAGGCUGUCUCCAAAGGAGAUUUCCAUCUGGCCAGUUCAGCUUCCCGCCGAGCUCUCUUCCUCGCUGCGCUCUCCAUAACCAUCGGCACAGGAGUGUACGUCGGGGUGGUGGUAGCGCUGAUCGCUUAUCUCUCCAAAGGGGGCCACGUAUAGCUGCCACCCACAUGUCAGCACCAUCCCCGGCCGCUGGCCCUCCUGGGAUCGAGCUUUCCUGUGGAGCACAGGGCGCCAGUGCCUGCAAGGGCUGCUUGCACAGCAGGACCCCGGCGUGGAUGCCCUGCGCAGGCUCUUUCCCCUUUCAGACAAACAGUAGACCCCUGUUAUCCCCGAGGCUGUGGGAUGCCACCAUUUGACAUCAGGGAACUGGGCACCGGCCUGGCUGCUGGGACCAGGAGGAGCAUGUUUGCCUGGUGGAAGAUGUGUGGGAGAGACGCUGCGUGCUGCUGGGCUGGUGCCAUCACGCCUGCUCCAAGGCUGUGGCUUCCCUUCCCAGUCCCACAGCCGGGAGAUCCACCGCUGGUGCCCAGGCUUGGCCCAUGAAGGGGGCACACAGGGAGGAGAGGGGAUAUGGUGCCAGGGAAUGACCCUGGGAGGCCGGGGUCCUGGUGGGGUCUCCAGACUCCUGUGAUGGGGACAACAUUCUUAUUCAGUGCAGCUGCAGCGAAGCAGGAGGACACCUCAUGGACGUGACCGAAGGGCAUGCUCUCCACAUCCCCCUGCAGACAGACCCCUGAUCCACGGGAGAACAUCCCAGUCGCUGGCCCGUCCCAGACCAGAAACAAGGAGGAAGGCAGGCUGGUGGUUGCACACCAUCACUCCCAUCGUUGGAGCAAGCUGGCAAAGACAGCAAGGUUUUCUCCAUGUUAAUAAUGACUGUCAUGAUAAUUGCAAGUAGGAGCCUCCGUAUGGUUGGCAUCCGACAGUGCUGGGCCCUGAAAAGACUUGUAAUGGCAACUUCUACCCAAGAGGCGACCUGGGAGGGGUGGGGACCUGAUGGACUCCGCUCUCGGCACUAGGUCAGGGCCCUGCAGACAAAGAGGGAUGGAAAGAAAAGGCUGACAUGACAAGCAGAGCCUGGGGUGGGAGUGAUGUUUGAGAGGGGAUAAGAUCCAGAGAGGGGUAAGACUUGGAGGGACCCCAAGACACAGGGGAUGACCCCAACACACUUCUUCCCAUGCCUUGGAGAGGGGAAUCUCCAUCCAUCCAAAAACCUCUGCUGACAAGGAAAUCCCACACAUCCCCGCUUACAUCUUACUUUUGCUAAUUUGUAUAUUGUCAGCAACACGUCAAGUGCUUCAGAGGUGGGUGUGAUGGCAAUGACUGCCCCAAAGGGUCGGCGUUAAAAGGCCCUGCCUCACCCCCCUCCCUAGCAUCCGCCUUGACCCUCCCUCGCAGUGGCCAUGGCUCCCCUGCCGCCUCCUUCCCCCGUGUGCAGGGGGCUACAGGCAGACUCUGGGCACCCAUCACCCCUUUCCUGGGGUUUCUGGGCAGGCUGUAGCCGGCUCUGCAAGAGGCGCAGCACGUUCCUCCAGCUGGGUGCCAUUCAAAUGUACAUUUCAUCCUAAAGAAGCAUGUUAAUGUCUGCGAUUGCUGUUGUAUUUGAGCAGUAAAAGAGAGAAGCACAUCAGAGACCUGUUCAGAAGCUGGUCUGAAAGUUCCCAUUACGUUUUAUAAUAUGGAAGAGCUAAUAAAAAAAGGAGGAAAAAAGACUCUGUUUAUAA